AUGCCGGAGAAGCCUCCUCCGCCCCGGCGCCGUCCCAUGGCGGCCGGGAGCUGGGUCCGGUCCCUCCAGUGCAGGUCCACGGCCGUGGAGGACGUCGCGACGCUGCCCAAGAAGCCCCACCUCCUCCUCCGGUCGAGCUGCGCCGGCUCCGGCGACAUCCACGGGAACAAGGCUGUCUCCUCGUGCAAGCCCAAGCUCAGGUCGGGUUCGAAGGCAGGUGUGGAGACCAAGAAGCCGAAGGAGGGUAAUAGGCCGGCCACCACCGUGCCGCGCCCGCCGUCGCCUCCUCCCGGCCCGCUGGGUCCGCUGCCGGCGCUGACCGAGCUCCCGGCCGGGCACUCCUCGCGGCAGGUGGUCGAGAUCAUCUUCCUCUCGUCGUGGACGCCGCUUCCGUCGGUGGCGUCCACGGUUGCUUCUGGCGGCGCGUCGUUCGCGGGGGAGGUGGAGAUGCUGUUCCGCGUGCACAACCAAGCGCGCGCCGUGGCGCGCUUCGAGGACUACCGUGCGGCCGUGCGCGCGCGGGCCGGCGGCGCGGCGCGCAGCGCCGCCGACGGCAACGAGAUGAUGCGCUUCUCCCCGGCGCCGCCGCACGGCGGCGGCGGCGGCGGCGGCGCGUCCCUGCGCGUCGUCCGGACCUUCGACGGCAGCGGUGGCGCGCACGCGAGCGGGAGCGGCCGCGGGCCCGGGAGCGGCAGGCGGGCGAUGUUCCUGUGCAGGGUGAUCGCCGGGCGGGUGGCGGAGGGGGAGGAAGCUUGCUCCGAGGCCGAGGCCGGCAGGGAGGAGUACGACUCAGCGCGCGGCGGCAAGGGCGAGCUGGUGGUGUUCGACCGGCGCGCCGUGCUCCCCUGCUUCCUCAUCAUCUACAAGCUGUAA